AUCCCAUGAGAACAUACAUCGAUUAAUCUCAACGCAGACUCCUGGAUGAUAACUUCAAUUUGAAAUCGUUCCGUUCUCAAGCCAAAGACAAGUGGAAUUUGAGUUUGACCAGUGAUUUGAAUUAAUCGACUUUCAAUUCUGUGAGGUAAGAACAACCUCUUAUGAAAGAAAGGAGAAUCGUUAAGGAGUGCCAUCCUUCGACAAUUUGCAAGUGAGGAUUCGGGACUUAUCUUAAUCACGUCAGGCAACUUUAAAUUAUAAUUCUAACGAUAAUUUUACACCCUAGAAGAAUCUUUACUCUCCUCAUAAAGCCUAUGGAAUGAAACAAAUGUAAUCUGUGUUUAGCCAAUAUAUUCAGAAUUUAAAACACCUUGGGAUAGAAUGUAGUGACUAAUUCAAACGAAAAGCAAUCUCAAAAUUCGAAAUCUCAAUCUUCACAAUAGAAGUUAUUCCAAAGACCGAGUGAUUCUCUAUAAUUCCCAUUGAAAGGGCCACAGAGAAAACAAGGAAGACUUCUGUCUGAUGCAGUACAAUUAAAUGAAAUCGUGGCAUUGCGAAAUAAGAUUGAGUCAUCAGUAGUUAGUAGAUCAGCAUUGACUUCGACGUACGCAAUUAUAUAUCAAUAAUCUAGUUAUAUAAGUGAGUUAGUGAAAUUGGCUUAAGCUAUCACCACAUCUCUAAAACAAGAAUGAGUGAUGUGAAUUUCAUAUGGAUUCUCUUCAUAUGAAAUAAAUUAUAUAUAUCUAUAACAAUAUA